UACAUGUUUCCACAGCAUUCCACAACAUUUCCACGUUUUCCCUGUGGAACAAAGUAAAUGUUUAUUUUCCCAACCUGAGAUAUGUGAUUGAGGGAAUAUGUGUAUAUAUGUGUAAAAGCUGAGAUCCUGUGAUGACAUCCUGUGUGAGGUGUCUAACAAAAGCAUAAAAGCACCGGGUGAUGAAGCAGGGCCGCGGUUCCUGCUCGGGGAGGUGAGAACUGUCCGGUGCUGAAGGGGAGAAGAUGAGCUCAGCGCGCGCCGGGGGGCAGGUAACGUCAGCAGUCGGCCGGAGCAAGGAAAGACUGUGAAUACACACCUACCAAGUGUUUAUCGGCGCUCAAUCACUGAUACACAUCGACUCACAUUAAUGAUGGGCAGCUAAUCACCUCCGUGUGACUCAGAGACGCUUUUUAUCUUUUUAUUUCGGCGCCUCAGCAGCAUCCCGCGCCCUCCGCUCGGCUUGAAAUGGGAUGAUAUGGGAUUUUUCAUGUCGACGAAGAUCGGAUGGAUUGUUGCCUUUGCCACCGUAGUUCUGUCCUUAGCGGUGCCAGGAGACUCUGUCGAUGUGAAGUGUGAGAACAUUUAUAAGGACUUCUCCGAAUGUGUCCUGGAGCUGGGAGAGAGCAUGGACAACUACCAGGAGAACGUGACCAGUGAGAGGGGAGUGGCAGCUGUGUGCAGCCACUGGGAAGCUUUCCACACUUGUGCGCUCACGGCGCUGUCCGACUGUCAGGAGGAAGUCAGCUCCAUCUGGGAGACUCUGAGGCAGGACUCCAGGAAGAUACGCUUCCAGGGAAGUCUGUUUGAUCUGUGCAGUCCCAGCUCCUCUCCCAGUCUAAGUUCACCUAGCGCUGUCCUCAUCUUGCCGCUGAUGCUGGCCUUGACUGGGCCCGGCUGGGCUUCUGCAUAGAUGGAGCAGGGGUUGGGUGAGGAGGACGCCGUAUUCGCCGUGCUUCGGUCCUCCAGAGUUUAAACUUAAAGCCAAGGAUUUAAGAGCACAAAUGUUUCAAAGGAUUAUUUUGACCUAGAGUCGCUGAUGUCUGUGAUGAAUGAGGUUUGAAAUUCUCUCAAAUACUCCAGCUUUGGGUGGAGUGGCAGAAAGAAUUGCAUUAUAAACAGAUUAAAAGCACACACUCUCGUGGAUUUCACAUUCAAUUUGGUCAGCUCAUUCUACUAUCAGACACCUGUGGCUCUGGGUUACUAACACUGUACAAGGAGCAGGCACAUUGCCGCAUAUAUCUGUACAAUGUCGUGCAGUAAAACACAGCUUGCAAUAGUUUACCUGUGUGAAAAUAUAACGUCUAAUUUUUGUAGUUUUUAAGCCCAAAUAACUUUUUAUUCAUCGCUCACAUUUUUGUAUAUAAGAUAGUUAUUGCAUCCAUGGUGUGUUUUGUGUAAAGUCUGAUUUCACCAUGCUCCUUAAAGAAAAGGUUUGAUUUUACAAUAAGUAAAUUAGAAAACUGACCCCACUUUAAGAUCUCACCAGUAAAUAUGAAAGGCAUAGCAACCAGUUUUAGCUUAGCUUGUCAUUAAAUAUAUAUAUUUUUCACUUUUGUGUAAUUUGAAGAAAUGAUUUAUAAAAUGUUUGUGAAUGAUCUGUGCUGGCAGUUCUGCCCCACCCUCUUAUUUCCAGUUUUUAAGCUAACCAGCUGCUGCUUGCAGUACAGACGAUGGGGCUGUCAGACUACUACAAUGCCAGUCUGCCUCUUUAAUUAUGAGCUACAGCAUAAACCUUUUGACCUCCACUGAGUUUGUAUAAACACAGCUUUGCUCUGUAAAAACACUAAAGAGACACGUCAUGAAGAAUAACAUCUUACCGCUUUUAAGUUCCUUACAAACUUGGUACGAAAACCAAGGAAAAUAUUGUUUGGUUGGUUGUCCUCUGUUGUAACAAUGCUUCAUGUUAAAUAUUAUACUACUGGAAAGCCUGUUAAUUUCUCCUUACAUGCUGCCACAUUUGUAAGGAAAACACAUUUUUGGGUUGAGCAGCAGAGUUGAGUAUGUGGGUUGCACCCAUGAAAACCUUGCCAAAUCUUCAGCUUAUUCUGCUUCUGACUCUUGUUUGGUGCUUAUUGGAUUGGACGAUCGAAGUCUGAAGAAACAAAGUAUAUUGGCAAUUUAACAAUGACAAACCAGAUUUGACAAGUUUUUCAGGGGUGCAGCUCUCAUACUCAGAUUUAUUGCCGAGACGUAUUGUUACAACAUAGAAAUUAUCGACCAAACGCAAAUUUCUGUACUUUUUGUUUAUUUAAGGUUGUUACCGAUCAAACAAAGAGCCAAAUCAGACUCGACAUGACUAAACAACAUUUGUAUGCACUAUAGAGGUGAAUUCACUCUUUAACUUGUUUUGAAGUGUAGAAAAUGUUGUAGUAAGGUGACAAUCAAGCAGUUCGUACACAACUUUGGAUUCCCUUUUUCCUUAUAAGCUUUCAGCCCAUCAGGGCUGAUGUUGCAUAGCUGCUAUAAAGACACCAAAAAAUAGGGGAUGUAUAUUGCACAUGAUCCAUGUUAAACCUUUAGUUAAACCACGGCUCCUUUUAAUUUUCCAACCCACUGAUCGUUGUGUAAAAACAAAAUUUUUGUUUUUGUGACUUUCUGUGAGAAAAUGCUCACUUGCUAUUAACAUCCUAUUACUAACCUUGUGCAUUAAAGUAGUCUGCAUACUCCAGUAGAUGACAGAAUACACGUGGGUGGCUUUUCAAAGACAAAUCUGCCAUAAAGUUCUACUGAUUACAUCAUUAAUAUGUGUUUGAUAUAUCAAACAAUGUUCUCCUCUUCUAAAAAAAUUUUUUUAUCUGUUAAGUCAAAUUGUGAGAAUAAUAACAAACUUCAGAAACAGAAAGAUUAAUGUGUAAUAACUUGCAUCUAUUUAGCACAAAAGUCUAUGAGAUGUCAUGAGUAGUAAUUGUCUUUUGUGAUUAAUAUUUUGGUGAAUGUGUCAUGGAAAAAAAAACAGUGUUUAUUCUUAAAACAGCAUCAAGCCCUUUGGUUCGGAGUAAAUUCAAAUGUUGGAGAAAUAGUGUUUCUCUUUUGUUUGUUUUGCCCAAACUGUGUCCAUAUAUACAUAUUUGCUUUAAAAAUGAUCUUAACAAAGUUGGAUCAUUCAGUCGUUUAUGUUAUCACAAGUGCAUGGUGAUUUUUGUGACAGUGCUUCAGAAAAAAGGACAGAUUGUUAUUUUACCUCGGAGAUGGCGUACAGUGGUCUUGAUCUGUGCAUGAAGUUAUAGCUCCUCAGUGUGCCUGCAUCCUUUGUUAUGCAGAUGUAUUAUCCUCACCCCCAUACCUACCUAGACUCCAUCAGCAUGUUUGCUCUGUUUCUAUUUCUUUCAUCUUUCAAAGUGCAAUCCCUUUUCCAAAAAAGGUGGGAAGAGCCAAAUAAAACAGAAUGUUUGGAUUUGGAAAUCAUGUAAACCCCUAUUUAAAAUAAAUAUAACACACCAUACUAAAUAUAAUGAGAUGGAUAGCUACAAAUGUCACAUCUCAAAAGCACUUGAGAUAAGAGCGUGUUCAUCACUUCUUGAAACAACACUCCACAAGCAUUUCGAAGCUGAGAAAACCAAAUGUAGUUCUGAAAUCAAUUUUUUCCCAAUUUAUGCUCGUUAACCUGCUCAACAGUUCAGUUGUUCUCUGCAGAAGAUGCCACCAUACGUUCUUUUAAAGCCUGUUUAACAUUAAUGAUGCCUGGAUGGACAAAAGUAUUGGGCCACCCACAUGUUACACCUACAGGAGCUGCUCGGUUAUGGAAAGUCGUGCCACGAAGCUCCUAGUGGACAGUUUUUGUGCUGAUGUUAAUGCAAGAGGAGGCUUUCUGCAGUUACUAAGACAGCAGAGCGUUGGCAGCUUUUACACACUAUGCACCUCAACGCUCGCCAGCUCUGCUCUGUAUCUUUAUGUGACCACUCGUUGGCUGAGUCGUUGUGGUUCCUAAACGCUUCCACUUUGCAAUAAUACCACUGACUCUUGAUUUAGACUUCUGCAGGGAAUCUUUGUAGAGCCUACAACGUAACGUACGUAAGUGGCUGAUGUCAUUUGUGCUUGUGCUGGUGCAUUAUGUGUGGUCAUGUCUCAGUGUUUUAUAUGCGGUGCCAGGUGAUAGGAAUAAAUAAACUGCAGGGAUUUUUUUCCUCCUCUUAUUGAAGUCAGUGUUUUUGAGGGUCCAAACAUAUUUGUUACUCUGGGGGAGAAUAGCUUAAGCAGUUUUCUCCACUACAAUAGCUUAAGCAAUUUUCCUCCAGGAAUUUGCUGACAUUUAUGAGUCUUCAUAUAGAUAUGAUUAUUUUUCCUUUUAAUGAGGUAAUGAUUGUUAUUCUCACAUGGAUAAAUUCAAAAGGAAAAAUCAACAGGACUGAACAGGCCAGUCACAAUAGCUGACAUGUAGUCGAAUCACGUUAUGGCUCAGGGUUUAAGGGGGAUUUGUGGUUGCGACAAUUAGAGCAUAGAUCAAAAAGCAUAAACCCAAAGUAACAACUAAUGUUGUAACAACGACAUCCUACUACAGGGCAGCACUUAAGUUCUCAAGAACUCAGCGAGUUCUUGAGAACAACCCAUUCUUUCACAAGCAGACUGCAGGUGUGGCUACGUGCUUGAUUUGAUACACCUAAAUUCAAACAUUAAGAGGUGUGGCCUAAUACUUUUGUCCUGUAUAGUAUAUGUGCAAUUUACCAUACCAUACAUACUAAUGCUUCCCAUAUCAUGGUUGCUAGUAUGUAGGUGGUAAGAUUUAAUAGUUUAUGCAACUACCAGAGAAGACAACAUAUCAGGAUGUUUCUUUAUUUUUGUUUGUUUUAAUUUAUUCUUAUGGAUGACAAGACAAACCUGUUCUCUGACAGUGGUCCUGAGUCGCUAUACUGAUCUUCACAACAUAAUCAUGUCUAUUUCUAAUGCAGUGCUACGCUUCAACAUUGGCUUUUAGCCGUUUCACUUGCAUACAGAGAUUUCUUUGGAUUUUCUCUGAACCUUUCAGUGAUAUUAUGCACCAUCCUUACUUCUGACAUAGUUUUCUGGGACGCUUUCUUUACUAAGAGUCAUUUUACUCGCCUGUCCAGUACUUUAACAGCAUCAUCUUUAAAACGAGAACAUAUUUAAAAAUAACAAAGUUAAAGAAUGUUUUUUUUGGACUACUUUCAUGAAUUACGGGGUUUAAAUUUUUUGCAAAACAACGCACUCUGUUUUUAUUGAUAUUUUUGCCUAAUGCCACAGCUUUUUUAGAAAGAGGUUUGUACUGCUGUUACGUCAUCCACUGUGUACCUGGGGGUAACAAUACAAAAAAAAAAAGUUGUGAUGUCCUCAAGGCAUGAGCAAUACAAUAGUCACUUCUUAAGAGGGGACUUUUUUCCCUGCUGUUGAACAAAGCAUGAUGAUACCAUAGUAAUCCUAAUAAUGACAGCUCAAACAUGGAAAGAACUCCUGAAUGUAAAACCAAGUUCAGUAUCCAUGUGAGGGUUUGGUUUUUUUCAGUUUAAUACACAAUUUACAAGACUGUAUAAAGCAAUAUAUGGAAAAGUAAUGUGUUUAUAAUAAUAAAGCACAAUGUUUAAAACCUAAGUGUGUGCUCACUGGCUUCAGGAGAGUAACAGCACUAAGAUGGAAACCGGUGGUACAUUUACUGAUUGCAGCCGAUCCUUUUUAACCCAUCUAUUACAGUUUCUGUUUUUAGUCAUCCCCGGAGCAAAGUGGGGGUAAGGACGACUGCAACCAGCGUUUUUCAACUCGUUAGUGCUCUCCCAUCUGCUACUUUCCACCUGGACACUUCCUGCAGCGAGGGAUCAAGGCCCAGGGCAGAAAAGGUUUGGAGAAGUAAAGACAUGCAUGUGGAAAUACCCUCAUUAGAGAAGCCAUGUUUGAUGUCUGAAGCACGAUGGCCAAUGUUUGUUUUUGCUUUUUUGUUUUUCCACCUGCAGUUUCCUCUCCAAGACUUUACCCUUUUAAUAUAAUCAACAUGAGAUGUGCAGACAUUUAAAUCUCCAGAAAGGAGAAAUUCGCACACCGUCUGCAAUUUCCUUUUCUCCCCAAGGAAUUUAAUGAUGUGAAUAGAUCUAUCCAGAGUUUGUAUAUUGAAUUACAUUACCAAAAAAAAUCUAAGAUACAAAAGGUGAUGUGAACACUUUCAGAGGUUCCACUGCUAGAUAACAAAGUAGCAACUUAGAAAGAGUAGUCACGAGUUUGUACAAAGUAAAAAUAAAGUAAUUUGUGGAGAUUUCGGGAAACAGUUGUUCACCUUUUUGUAAGAGUCGGCUCACUCUUAUAUAGAGCAGGGGUGUAAAACAUAAGGCCCAGGAGCCAGAAUCGGUCGGGUCGGGUGAAGCCAUCCAAUCCGGCCGAUUGGAUGGCUUUGAAAGUGAAGGAGGACAUAAAUGUUAAACUUUUUACAGUUUUUUUUCCCCACAAGUUUUACAUCUUUUCCAACUGAUAAGACCUCCCCCGCUGCCAUUCACAAUACACCAAAGUAAUUAAGUUACAGACUCCUGUAUUUUACACAUUUACUUCUUACAGUGAAGCCCAACAGGUCGCACUGACAGGUUUUCUUUCAUUUACAAUAGCGUUGCAUUUCUUUAUCAUGUAAAAAAAACCAAGUCAUACUGUUAAAAUUGCACUUUUAUCUUACAUUAAGAUGAAAUGUGUACACGGACAGAAACUGGAGUUUUACUUGUUCGGCCCACAUAAGAUCAAAGUGGACUUUAAGCCUGACAUCUCUUCUGUGGAGUAAAUAUGAAGCUACUGCUUAAAUGGGAGGAUGGGAAGAAAUCCUGACACUUUUCACUUCUCGCUUACUAGCAGCUCAGGCAAGACCUCCCUCAUUAUAAUAUUAUGCAUAUUUAAGACAACAAGUCAUCGAUAUACCACGCUAAUUACCUUGAGAGGUGAUGGAUUACAUUCUUUGGACAGGCUAGCUUUUUCUGUUCCUACUCAAAGCAGCUUGAAUGGGAGCUGCUUUCCAAUUUGAGGCUGCACCUUCCAAUAUCGCCCCCUGCAUCAUAAUUAUAAACUCAUUUCACACCUUAGGAAAACGUGACUGCAAAACAAGACACUGCAUCAUCCGCACCAUCAAAGCUGCAAAGGUUUUAAACUGACAGUCUAAAGAAGAGCAUCUCGAGCGUGUGUAGCAUGAGCUGUAACACAUUAAAGACAAAAAGUCAAUUCUGUUAAGAGUUUAAACGUCACCAGCGAAAUGAGCAGUCUGACACUGCUCCAAAAAGGAGAAAAAAAAAAAAAAGACAUCAGAGCCGCACAUUUUAGGACUUUCCCCAUCACAUCCUCCCCGAACAGCAAUUUUUCAGAAGCACAGACAAAGCCAGCUGUCAGAACGCAGCUGGUGGCUGACAAACUGUCCCCGAAGUGGCCAAACGGUUUGCAUAAUACAUCAUGCCAUAAAGAGACAGAACCCAACAAUGCUUGCUGUGCAAAAUGUGGUACAGACUCAAAAAGAAAAGCAUUUAACAAGGAUUAGGAGGCUGAAUGUAGGAAACAUCAAAUUGAGCCUGGUUUUUAUUACUUUGGACCACUUAUUGAACUCGAAUUAUGACGCAUAAAAUCUUUCCUAUAUUUGGAUUUACAUGAUGACCUACUGAUUAGCAUACAGUGCUUAACAAAUUUAUUAGACCACCAGUGUAAGAUUUAUGC